UCUUAAAAAUAAUCACUUUCAUGAUAUUUAUAUUUAAUUCAGGCUCUGUCUAUUCUGUUCUACUCUUAAAAAAAGAUUUAUUUAUUGCCAAUACACAAAGUACAUUUGACACAUUUUUUAUAACAUACAACUUAGAAUAACAAAUAAAGAAAGAAAAAAAAAACACAAAAAGACACAAAAAAACAGUGGCUUAACUCCUAGAGGUUAAACACCCAGACCCACCUUCCCCCACCAUGGAAGGGUACAAUCCACAACACUCAGUCCUUAUUUGAGGAAACUCCCGACCUUCAGCUGCUAAAAAGCUGCCUGAUGCUUGUGUUAACAGGAGGACAGAAAUACGAGGUAAGAUUAUAAGUGUAGACAAAGCUACUAUGAAAUGAGAACCUCUCAAUAAAUGUUUUCUUUGGGAAGUUUCUAAUGACAUAUAAUCUGACUGAGCAGUGUCACAAUGUAUUUAGGUCAUGUCGUCAUAUUUUCAUCAAUAGGUCAAAAGCUCAAAACCAAACUGGCCUUUUCUAGGGGAGACUCUAAACAUUGAGUCAAAGGAGCUAUCUAGUUAAUAUAUGGAUGGAUCAUAAUGCGUCUAAUAAUCCCCAUCUCUAAUCGUGGUUAAAUCAGUUUGCAGUCAGAUGCACAGUCAGAUGUACAAAUGCAUAUGACCCGUGUAUAUGGUUGUUUUUGAUCAUUUGAUUACCAUUUUUCUUACAGAGAAGCCUGAUGUUGCAAGGCAAAGGAAACUCAAGUCUCAACUGAAGAAACAAUUCACCUGUGUGUCUGAAGGGAUUGAUAGACAGAGAACCUCUGCCCUUCUGAAUGACAUUUAUACAGAUCUCUACAUCAUAGAGGGAGAGAGAGGAGAAAUCCACAAACAGCAUGAGUCCAGACAGGUCCAAGAGGCAAAGUUCAAACCAAUGAGAGAAGAAAGACCCAUUAAAUAUCACGAUAUCUUCAAACCUGCAUCUGAAAAUAAUCCCAUUAGGACUGUCUUGACGAUUGGAAUGGCAGGCAUUGGAAAAACCUUUGCAUCAACGAAGUACAUGCUCGACUGGGCCGAGGGUACCGCAGUUGAAAACAUUCAUUUCACAUUUCCACUUCCUUUCCGGGAGCUGAAUUUGAGAAAAGAAACAGAACAUAGUUUUGAGGAACUUCUUCAUCAGUUCUUCCCAGCUAUGGAAAAUUCAGAGAUAAAUGACUUUGACAAAUAUCAAAUCCUGUUUGUUCUGGAUGGCCUUGAUGAAUGUCGCCUUGAUCUCAAGUUCAAUGAAAGUAACAAGUGGACAGAUGUGAAGAAGCCAACCUCAGUGGGUGUUCUACUGACAAACCUGAUCCAAGGAAAACUGCUUCCUAAAGCUCAAAUCUGGAUCACCUCCCGGCCUGCAGCCUCCAACAAUAUUCCUGCUGAUAAAGUUGACCGAGUUACAGAGGUACGAGGAUUCAAUGAUGAGCAAAAGGAAGAGUAUUUCAGGAAGAGAUUCAGUGAUAAGGACCUGGCUGAAAAAAUCCUCUCACAUGUGAAGAAAUCAAGGAGUCUGUACAUCAUGUGUCACAUCCCAGUUUUCUGUUGGAUCACUUCAAAAGUCCUGGAGGAUUUUGUGAACCAAAACAAAGAAGAGGGGAUGCCCAAGACUCUGACUGACAUGUACAUACACUUUCUGUUGCUGCAGUGCAGACAGGCUAAUGUGAAGUAUAGUGAAGAGGGAGCAGAUCAAACUUCUGAGACAGGUCCAUGCUGGAAUGCAAGAAACAAAGAGACAACCUUAUCUUUAGGGAAACUAGCUUAUAAGGAGCUAAAGAAAGGAAACUUUGUCUUCACUGAAGACGACCUGACAAAAUAUCACAUUAACAUCACAAAUGCUGCCGUCUUCUCUGGGUUACUCACUCAGAUCAAGAGAGAACGCCGUGGGCUGUACCAAAAGAAACUGUUUUGCUUUGUUCACUUGAGCAUUCAAGAGUUUCUGGCUGCAUUCUAUGCCUUUCACACAUUCAACAACAUGGGUGAAAAUGUGCUCACCAAACUCACUUCAGUGGUUUCAGAUGUGUCUGCAUCAGACUUCUACAAGAAAGCAGUGGACAAGGCUCUAGAUAGCAAAAAUGGAGACUGGGAUCUGUUUCUGCGCUUUCUGCUUGGACUCUCAGUGGACACUAACCAGACACUGCUGCAAGAGCUGCUGAAAAAGACAGAAAAUUACAAGAAGACCUACAAGGAAACAGUUGAGUACAUCAAAAAGAAGAUCAAUGAAGACAACAGUGACCCAGAUAAAAACCUCAAUCUGUUUCACUGUUUGAAUGAGCUCCAUGAACACUCCCUUGUUGACGAAGUUAAAAAAUACAUGCAGUCAGAAACAGUGGCUUUUGACAGCUUCUCUGCCUCACAGUGGUCAGCUCUGACUUUCGUGCUGUUGACAUCAGACGCAUGGCUGGAUGUGUUUGAUCUUAAGAAGUAUGUGAAAUCAGAGAAGGUUCUUCUGGGACUGUUGCCAUUGGUCAAAGUCUCCAAAACUGCUUUGUUGAGUUUGUGUGAGCUAACUGAAGAAUCCUGCAGUGGUCUGACAUCUUCAGUCUUCAACUCUCCGUCCUCCAAUCUCACAGAGCUGGACCUGAGUCAUAACGACCUGCUUGAUUCAGGUGUGGAGCAACUUGCAAAUGGACUUAAGAGUCUCCACUGUAAAUUGGAGAUUCUCAAGUUGCCAGGUUGUCAGGUGACAGAUAAAGGCUGCUCUUUCCUGGCCACAGCUCUCAAGUCCAACAAAGCCUCCCACCUUAAACACCUGGAUCUGAAUUACAAUCAUCCCGGAGAAAAUGGGAAGAAGAAGCUCUCUGAUAUCGCUGAGGAUCCAAAUAUGAAGCUAGAGACAGUGUGUUUCGACCAUGAUGGAGCACAUCGUUUAAAACCAGGACUGAAGAAGUAUUGUGCAGAUCUGAAACUUGAUGAAAGCACAGCAGGCAAAAGGCUUGUUCUGUCUGAAGGGAACACAAAAGUAAAAACUAAAGAAAAGGUGGAGGGGUACAAAGUUGAACGAUGUGAAAACAGCGACAGGUUUAAGAGGACACAGGUGUUUUGUGAUAAGGGCUUCAAACGGUGUUGCUACUGGGAGGUGGAAUGGAAAGGGAAGGUCGGUAUUGCCGUGGCAUAUCAGAGAGUGGGUAGAGGAAUGGACCGUAAUGGAGGCCUAGGAUGCAAUGACAUGUCCUGGAGUCUGAUUUGCUCCAAGACUGAAUACACUGCUAUACAUGGGAACACAUCAAAAGAUAUUAAAGGACCCUGUUGCCAAAAAAUAGCAGUGUUCCUGGACUGGGAAGGUGGAACUCUGAGUUAUUAUAGAGUCUUACCAGGAGAGUUCAGUCUCAUUCACACCUUCCAUGAAAAAUUCACAGAUGAACUGUUCCCAUGCUUCUGGUUUAAGAAGGGCUCUGUGACCUUAUGUGACAUGAACUGAACUCCUCUGUGAUGCAAACAAGUUGAAUGUACUGUAGUGAUCUCUACAAUACACAGAGACACACUGCACUGACAUUUUGAUAUAUUAACAAAAAUCUUAUCUGUAUCUUGAAGUGUAGCAAGUGUAGCAACCAUAGACUGACGUAUUUAAAAGAUGGGCAAACCCUGUGCGACAUCAUCCAUUAGCUUCUGAACAGGAGAUUUGAACAUCGACAUGGUGGCUGCCAUACUGGUUUUGAGAGACUCUUUUGGAUAAUCUAAAUAUGGCCAUGGGAGAAGCAUUGGUGGGGACUGGGGUUUACAGAAUGACGUCUGACUCUUAAACACACUCACUCAACACCACCAGCAAGCCAUGGCCACCAAACUAGGCAAAGCAUAGCCGUAUGUACAUAGACAGCGUGUUGACUGCUAUCGGUCAUUGGAGCGAUGUGCCUACAGGGCGGCCAUCUUGGUACAGUGCUGCUUGCUCCUGGAUGCAUAAAGUUUACAGAGGAAUGAUGUUUCUACACAAUUAAAGUCAUCAUAAAUGGUUUAAUUGUCAAGCUAUUUUGAUUGGGUUUGUUCGUGACAGACAGACACUGUUUUGGGGAAACUUCAAAGAUGUGAGAAAAGCAGCCAGCCAUAAAGAAUUGUCUACAACAAAAAAUAAUUCCAUCAUUAAUUAUAUAACAGGUCGUUGCUAGGGACACUGCCUGUUUCACCGUUGUGACGCUCUAUUUCAACAACCUACUCACUCUAUAUUAUCCCUUACUUACAUCUUACCUGUGAAUUAGUGUGAAUAGCCUCAGAACACUUGUCUCCACAAAUGACUGACUAACGAACCAUACAACAUGUCUGGCAGGAUGUGUACUCCAAAUGUGAGGAGUUUGCAGCUCAGGUCAGCUUUUAGUCAAUCUCAAUCUUGUUUUAUUACAGCUGAACAUAUGCUUUUUUUGUGAGGAAACACUGAAUAGUUUUUGUCCUGGUUGAUGCUAAGGUGUUGGUGGAAGUUAUUUUCUCAGUUACAACCAGCAACCUGCCUUUUAGGUUGGAUUCCUACGCCAUUUUUUAAAUCCUUUUGGGACUUUUUAGCUGAGGAUGUUUUAAAUAUUUUAAAUUAUUCUCUUAGAUUGGAGUUCCCAAGUGCUUUUAAGACAGCCUUGCUCAGUCCUCUUCUGCUGAGGAAUAAUUUAGACAGUUGAACGCUGAAGAAUACAGGCCAGUGUCCAAUCCAGUUGAAAGAUUUGAUGGAAACGCACAGUUUCUACGAAACUUUUCAACCAGGUUUUCAGACAUAUCACAGCACUGAGACUGCCCUCAGCAGGUUUUAAAUUAUAUUUGAAUGGACAUGGACAAGGGGAAACUCUAGUUCUACCUAAUUUAAGUACAGCAAUUGACACAGUUGACCACAAUUGUCUUUGCAGGUGUUUUGUGAUAAGGGCUUCAAAGGGUUCUGCUACUGGGAGGUGGAAUGGAAAGGGACAGUCAGUAUUGCCAUGGCAUAACAGGGAGUGGGUAUUUGAGGCCUAGGAUACAAUGACAUGUCCUUGAGUCUGAUGGUCUCAAGGGCCCAAUACACUGCCAGAUAUGGUAACACAUCAAAAGAUAUUAAAGGACCCUGUUACCAAAAAAUAGCAGUGUUCCUGGACUGGGAAGGUGGAACUCUGAGUUAUUACAGUGUCUCAUCAGGAGAAUUGAGUCUCAUUCACACCUUCCGUGCAAAAUUGUACUAUCCCUUUGACUAUCUGUUCCCAAGUUUCUGGAUUAAGGAGGGCUCUGUGACCUUAUAUGACAUAGACUGAAGUCUUCAGUGAUCCAUCAACUUCAUGCUGUUUGUGUCACUGAACAAAAAGAAUAGCAAGACAAAGUUGCAUUUCAUUUUUUUUUUUUUUUGCUAGCAUCGGUCAGAUCCAUCCAUAUAGAUACCAACGAUGGUAUCGACGCGUCGGCGACGCAAUGGUAACACAACGAAUGUUUGUAAGCAUAUGAAAAAUAAUGGAUAAGAAAAUGCAGAGCUACAGAAAAGGAGAGAGGAGGAGAUUUAUUGUAUUGUGCUUACUAAACAUACAUGCUAUUUGAAAUGCAAAAAAUAAUUUGAUUUAAUUUUUGUAUAGUUGUUGUGAAGAGAUAAAUAUACAAAGUGAUGUUUUGAUGUAUUUGAACAAAAUCUUUUAUUGUGAUAAUUAAGUAUUUUCUGUGUACUUAUAAACGUUGCCCAAAUUCAGUAGUUAAUAUUUUGCAUACAUACAUAAAUGUGCGAUUUUUCUGUUAUUUACUUAUUUAUAAGAUUCAAUUAUUUUGAAACUACAAUCUGGGCACCGUUGAAACAAAUAGUUGUGAGCAGUAUUUUUGAAUGUGUCAUGGAGAGAACGUCUGUACUACUGCCAUAAUAAAUUGCUGCAUAUUUCAAAUGUA